UUGAACCACAUUGGAAAAUGUAUUCAUGAAAACUACUUAAACCCUCUUCUUCUUAAUUAAGUGCUCGUCACUACAGUAUAUCUCAAUAGAAGGGUUAAAGGUGUGGCAUGCUGACAUUUUCAAUCAGCAAUCAGUGAUGAACACCUGUCCAUCGUUACCUUCUCAGUCUGGGAUUGACCACAGAGUAUUUCCUGUUUCAUAUUUAACCGGUACUUUGAGAGAAGAUGAUAACAUUUCAGCUGACAAGGAAAAUGACCACUUGGUUUCCUGCAAGUCAGUUGCUCCUCAUUACACUGUUCAGCUGUUAUGUCCAUUGCUUUCCUACUAAAAAUGGCUGGAGCCAGCGUGAUCCUAAUGAGGUUAGUCUUACUAACCUGGAGGCACUUCCUGGCCUCGACUAUAGCUCAUCCCAAAGUGCUCCUGCUCAGCCUUUCAGUAUGAGUUACCCUGCUGUCUCAUUCCAGUAUGAACCAGUGAAGGGGGGAGUGUAUUCUAGUCCAGAAACCUACCCUGCAAGCCGUACUCCAGACAUGUCCAAUGUGGCUUCGUGGAAUGCUGCUGCUGGUUGGGAUCCUAUGGCUGCAUCUACAACUACCAAUACAGUGUCUAGAACAUCUCAGCCCAUAUCUGACAUUAGCCUUGUUCCCCCUCAACCUUUGUUUCAGGCAGGUGAGCUUGAGAAUUAUGAACAGAACUUCAAUCAUGGUAAUUUUGAAAGGGAGGCGCUAAGCUUUGUGCCGCCACCACCUCCAUAUCAGGAACCUGGCUUCCAGGCUGGUGAAUUGCAUCAUUAUGACUCCAUCUAUGAGCAGGGAAAUGAAGAGCGGGAAACGGAAGAGCAAGGUUUAAUGCCACUGGCUGCCUAUGCUUCGGCUACACACGGAGCUGACAAGCUGACAGAUGUUUCCAUGCCUGAGGGCCCCAUUCAGGAAGUGGGUCCGAACCAGUACUACCUUUUCUUGACCGGUCAACUUCCUCCGGGCACAGUCUCUGACUUCCAGUCAGACUAUGAGACUGGCAGGGACCACUGGGGUGGAGUCCAUUAUGUGAGAUAUCACUUCCCUAGCGAUCAACUUCCACUCCUCCCUACUCAGACCCAGGAGGUUCCCAGUGAUGGCCUCUGGCUGCAGCGCCAGGAUUAUAAAAAAAGCUUAGUCUUUAAACAAACAUGAAGCAGAUCACUGUAACGGCAGCUCUAGUAGUCCCUGCAGUUUACUAAAAUGUGUGAUGUCUGUGUUCAACUUUGUUUUUCUGAAAUUUUUAAAUAAAAUACUAAAUGACUACCACA